AUGCGUUAUGCUGUGGCGGUAUCGGGAGGUGUCGACUCGAUGUAUAUGGCUUGGAAGUGUCGUCAUCUUUGCCCGCUAGCGAUAACUGUUGACCAUGGUCUUCGUCCCGAGUCCGCCGAUGAGGCUAAAGCCGUGGGCACUAUUCUUCGUCAAUGGGGCCUAGAUCACCAAAUUGUCAAGGUGAAUGUACCAGGAAAUGGUCUGGCACUUGAGGAAAACGCUCGAUUACAAAGAUAUGCUGCUAUUAACGAUGUGUGCACUGCUCGAGAGAUUCUGACGGUAUUGGUAGCUCACACCGCCGAUGACCAAGUGGAAACGUUUUAUAUGAGAUUAAUGAGAGGAUCAUCGCUAUUUGGAUUGAGGGGACUCUUGCCUAAAGGCCAUUUCCCAAUGGUAACUCCUCGUCCCUUAUGGGUUGAACGUCCUCUUUUGACUACGCCGAAGCAAACGAUUAUUGAAGAGAUGACUGAAAAACAGUUACCGUGGUUUGAAGAUAAGACUAACCAUGACCCACUGUUGACUCAUCGUAAUUCGAUCAGGUCACAUUUGACUCAAAAUCCUCAAUUGAGACAGUCUCUACAGGAACUCCAUCGACAAGUGGUGGAGGCAAAUAAGAUGAUUGAUGGUUAUGCUACAAGUCUAGCAAAACAAGUAUCAAUUACUUGGGACUGGCAUCGAGGUUGCUGUAUUAUUGAUGGAGUACGUGAAACGGAUACAGAGAUAAUGACACGCUUUCUUUUCUAUACUCUAUAUCCUAUAAGCAGUGCCAAGCUCUAUCCGUGGUUGUAUACCAAAUUUGAGGCCUUAGUAAGGCGAGGACUCAACGGAACGGUGGCUAACCUUAAGUUUAACUUUUCAAACGACCGACUCACGGUAUCGCAGGCUCCGAAACCUCGUUAUACGGCCGGAGAAGUAACCACCAUUGAUAAUACUCCUCGAUUAUAUGAUAACCGAUGGUGGGUGAAUCUGCCAAAACCUAUGCAAUUGGUAACAUAUAACCAUAAGAUCCAUCAACAAAUGGUCAGUCCACCUCUUAUUGGAGUAGUGGGGAUGAAUGGCGUUCUAGCAGAGGUGUACCAAGGUAAAAUAGUGGGGUUUCCUACAUUUACUGGAAAAAGUUGGCAUCCAAAGCAUAACAUUUAUUCCACUGAUUAA